UGUGCAGUGUUAUUAUACCGAAGGCAGGGCGACGUCGUCAAAUUAAAAGGCCAUGUCACUUAAGAAUAACCCUUAGAAUCUGUCACGAUUAUUUUCGCCAGCAACAGAAAUUAAAUCUCUAUCUCUGCAAAGUCUUUAGAAGAUCAGUGGAACCGAGAUCGAAUCCUGUGGACCAUGCUGAUCAGACCGACUACGACUGCGUCACCCAGAAGAUCCCAGGAUCUCUACUCAUACGAUUUCCAUGAUGUGAGCCACCCCGAGGAGGUCCUGGAUGCCCUGAGGGGCUUCUACUCUGACGGCCUGUUCACAGACAUCGCCCUGCAGUGCUCCUCCGGUCAGGUUCUGCGCUGCCACAAGGUGGCACUCUGCGCACGCAGCUCAUACUUCAGGGUCAUGUUCACUGCUGACAUGAAGGAGAGGACUGAUAGCCUUGUCAGGCUGCCAGUGGUGGAAGUGGAGGUCUUAUCAGCCUUGGUAGACUACAUCUACUCCUCCAGACUCACCAUAACCCAGUUGAACGUGGAACGCAUGCUGAAGGCCGCUGACCUGCUGCAGUUCGGAGCGGUGAAGAGGGCCUGCGAGGCCUUCCUGGUGCGUCUGCUGGAUGUAGACAACUGCCUCGGCAUGCUGGCGUUCUCCCAGCUCCACGCGUGCCUCACCCUGGAGAAAGAAGCCCGCAGGCUACUAGCAGGCAGGUUUCAGGAGGUAAUCCAAGAAGAGGAGUUUCUAGAACUGGAUCCUGACAGCCUGAAGACUGUCCUAGCGGAGGAGAACCAGGAGGUGGUGGCCGAGGCGGUGGGCAGGUGGCUGGGUCAUGACCCACUCAUCCGAACAAAACAUCUCUCCUCCCUGGCACUGGACGUUAACCCAGCAAACCUCAACAAUGCCUUGCUGAAAAUGCUUGGUUACGAUGAGCUUAGUGACUUUGACAGCUUUCUGUCCUUGCUCACCUUAACGCCCAUGUUCAAACAGCCCUCCAUGAGCUUCACCAGGAUGAGAUCCAGCUACAAGAUGAUAGUAGUUGGGGGAUACCAUUGGCGCCCUUUGCGUGAAGUUCAGCGCUGGGACCUGUCGAGUGGGGAGUGGGUGCAGGGUGAAGACAUGCCGGAUCACUCCAAGGAGAGUUAUGCGGUGGCCUUACUGGGCUGUACCAUUUAUGUGAGUGGGGGGUACAGAACCAACACCACUGAGGUGCUGGAUGCAGUCUGGGAGUACAACAGCGAGUCUGACUGUUGGACUGAAGGGCAGCCCAUGUUGAUUGCCAGGUACUACCACUGUUCUGUGGCCUGUUGUGGCUGUGUGUAUGUUAUGGGAGGCUACAGAGGAGGUUCAGCAAUGCCCCGGACUGAAAUGUUUGAUCCCCUGAAGAGGACGUGGAUGGCUGUAGCUGAUAUGGUGCAAGGUGUAGGGAAUGCCUCUGUGACUGUGUUGGGAAACAGCAUCUAUGUGGCAGGUGGUCAUUAUGGCUUCAAGGGCAUCUGUAACUACGACAAGAUCCAGAGGUACAAGGUGGAUGUAGACCAGUGGAGUACCCUAACCACUUGCCCCCAUCCAGAGUACGGGAUGUGCCUGGUGUCUUUGAACUGCAGCCUGUACCUGGUAGGGGGCCAGACCACCCUCGCUGAGCGCUUCAACCCCGACACAGAGGAAUGGAUCCCGCUGGCCAGCAUGAAGGAGAGGAGGAUAGAAUGCGGGGCGGUGGCCAUGCUGGGCUGUGUGUACGUCACUGGGGGCUACUCCUGCUCUGAAGGGACCUACCUGCAGAGCAUGGAGAAAUAUGACCCUCACACAGAUACAUGGGACAUAGUUGGAGAUCUGCCCGAAGCAGCUCGUUUGCAUGGCUGUGUCUGUGUUUGUAAUGGCACGUAGCACGGAAGCGCAGCGGCGAGCCAGAGAUACUGCAUCAUCACCUCGUCUUGGAACCACUGUUGUGCCAUUUGGGUGAGCUGGUGUAAUAGCUCCCAGUCAGGCAGUGAUGUAGCAGCUGGUUUAAGUUUUAUUGUAGUAUAUGUGGUUCUCCCGGGGUCUGUCUCCUCCAAACCAACCGGGAACACUGGAAAACAAACUGGAAGGGGAAUGUUUAAUGUCCAUGUACAUUUCAUUACCUCUGGGGUUAAAGAAAUGGUUGACAUUUUUGGGAAAUAUGUCUAUUUGCUUUUCUUUUAGCCCAAAUAUGACAAAAUGGGUCACAUAAUUAGGUUAACAAGUAACUAUACAAAACAUAGCAGACUGUUUUUUCAGUUAGUAGCAGGAGCUGAAAGACUCUAUAAUAGUAAAGGCUUGUUUCUCAGCAAACAUUUUGACUCAUCAAAGCAAAGGUGUAAUACCACUUUCUCUGUUGCAUUGAAGCGUCAGUGAGGCAGCCGGUACAAUGGCAGCGCCCUGAUUCAGUGGCAUGCUGUUAUGAAGGGUCUUAGCUAACCUAUAUCAUUUCAUCACAUGAUCAAAUAGAGACUUGACAUUGGACAUCAACAUCAACAUACAUAUCACCCAGCAAUUAUCACUGCAUCUGUGCAUGAUAAAAAAAUACCAAAGAAAAUAAGAAGAUAUUCAUGAAUUUAUUUAUUUAUAGUUUAUGUAGAAUAAGCAUAUAGUUUUGUUAUAUUUUGCUACUGACUAUUUUGCCAAAUAAAAAUAAAACCCAUGAUGGAGAGAGAUAUGUAACACAUGGUAACACUUUAAAUGUUAUGUUCUUUGAGCAUACUUCUGAUGUGGCACUUUGAAUCACUCUGUUCUGCAUCCAACACAUUGUUGGAGAGCCCGCUGUCUCUAUGUAUCCCCCAUCUCACGGCCCUGGUGCAACCACACUGUCUGCACUGUCUGUAUUUAUUGGCCCUGAAACUGCUAAAGCUACAUGUAAAUGGAGGGCAAUCCUUAUUUAUGUAUGCUAUAUGAUUACUACUAGGUAAAAAUGUCUGCCAUGAAAGAGGCCUGUUGUGCUCAUCAUU